AGUGAGUCGCGGCGCCGCGCACUUGCGGUUGGGUCAGUGCUGCGCGCCGCCCGGUCGUUACCGCGAGGCGCUGGUGGCCUUCAGGCUGGGCGGCGCGGGUCUGUCCUGGUUCGCCGGCUCCUAGGUCUUUAAACAGCCGCGAUGUCGAUCUUCACCCCCACCAACCAGAUCCGCCUAACCAAUGUGGCCGUGGUACGGAUGAAGCGCGCCGGGAAGCGCUUCGAAAUCGCCUGCUACAAAAACAAGGUCGUCGGCUGGCGGAGCGGCGUGGAAAAAGACCUUGAUGAAGUUCUGCAGACCCACUCAGUGUUUGUAAAUGUUUCUAAAGGUCAGGUUGCCAAGAAGGAAGAUCUCAUCAGUGCGUUUGGAACAGAUGACCAAACUGAAAUCUGUAAGCAGAUUUUGACUAAAGGAGAAGUUCAAGUAUCAGAUAAAGAAAGACAUACACAACUGGAGCAGAUGUUUAGGGACAUUGCAACUAUUGUGGCAGACAAAUGUGUGAAUCCUGAAACAAAGAGACCAUACACCGUGAUCCUUAUUGAGAGAGCCAUGAAGGACAUCCACUAUUCAGUGAAAACCAACAAGAGUACAAAACAGCAGGCUUUGGAAGUGAUAAAGCAGUUAAAAGAGAAAAUGAAGAUAGAACGUGCUCACAUGAGGCUUCGGUUCAUCCUUCCAGUCAAUGAAGGCAAGAAGCUGAAAGAAAAGCUCAAGCCACUGAUCAAGGUCAUAGAAAGUGAAGAUUAUGGCCAACAGUUAGAAAUUGUAUGUCUGAUUGACCCGGGCUGCUUCCGAGAAAUUGAUGAGCUAAUAAAAAAGGAAACCAAAGGCAAAGGUUCUUUGGAAGUACUCAAUUUGAAAGAUGUGGAAGAAGGAGAUGAGAAAUUUGAAUGACACCCAUCAAUCGCUUCACCUCUAAAACACUAAAGUGUUUUCAUUUCCGACGGCACUGUUUCAUGUCUGUGGUCUGCCAAAUACUUGCUCAAACUAUUUGACAUUUUCUAUCUUUGUGUUAACAGUGGACACAGCAAGGCUUUCCUACAUAAGUAUAAUAAUGUGGGAAUGAUUUGGUUUUAAUUAUAAACUGGGGUCUAAAUCCUAAAGCAAAA